GUGGUAGUUUUCUGAAAUAAAGGUUCAGAUAGACUGCAGGCUGGCAUGCUCCCGUAUAAACUUGCUUGGUCAUCAGCUGUCUACUACCUCGGUCCAUUUACUCCAUCACCAAUAGCCAAGCUUGGACACCAUCCCCAUGGCUGCUCCGAGCAAAACAUGGAACAUCCAGAACUACAUCCUCGCCGCUCUUGGCGGAACCCUUGCCGCCACCGCCAUUGUCAUCAUGGUCUCGGCAAUCUUCAGGCCUGCCCGCAUCAGCUUCUUCGUCACCCACGCCACGCGCAGCACGCUGAGCGGCGGCGACGGGGUGUGGCUCAACCUCACCGUUUCUGCCAACACCAGCGGCCAGCGCCGCACCCAGGUGAAGUACGAGAGCAUCUUCAUCGACCUGGUGAACAGCACGAAGCCCACGGCAACAGACAAAGUCCAUGCCGUAGUCACGGCAUGGCCAGAGGACUACCUGCCGUCCCCUAGCCUGAUCAGCGUCGACGCGUCGGCUCUCCUCAUCGACAACUCCACGAUUGAGGGCUUCGCCGGCAACCUAUCGAACAUCAUCAGGGGGCUCACCGUGGUUGUGAUGGCGCAGGUGCACUUCAGGGUGGGCGUGGUUCCCACGAGGCUCUACGGCAUCAAGAUGUUCUGCGGCGGCGUCCACUUCACCGAUGAUCAAGACAGCUCAGAUGCUACCGUCGAUUGCCAUAGUUAAUUUCCUGUCCAUCUGUAAUUCAUUUCGUGUGUAUUCUGGUUGUUGAUGAGUUACCGGUUUGAGAAAUGUGAUGAGCAUUUCAAGGAUUUUAUGUAUUUGUUUUGGACAUGCUGAGAGUGAUGGACUAUGCGAGUAUGUAUAUGUACAUGGUUGAAAUAGCUUUUCCACUCAGAUGUUUCCGAUCCGAGAGUCAACAAAGAAGACUUGUGGCCUCAUUUCGUUUAUGAAAUUCAACAAUACUAAGGUCGGAUUUUUCA